CAGGAAGUGCGCAUGCGCACGCGCCUCAAGCGAGAUCCAAGUUUGGAGCUUCAGCUGGCAGCCCUGGCCCAUCAUGUAGGUGCAGAGCCCGGGAUCUCAACUGCAAGUAGGGCGACUACGUGAACACAGAGGGGAACAAAAACCCGCACUUUGCAAUUUGCUUCCUGCAGCCCGUGCAAUCCCCUCAGGGCUCCGUGGUUUUUCUGUUCCCUCUAAUUAUUUGCAAGGAGUCGUGCAAGCAAACAACUCGACACCCCCCCCUCCUCCUCCUUCCCCUUCCGUGCAUGAAGACCGGGAGCCUGCAGUUCGCAUCUUUGUUGGGAAAGUAAAGCUUCAAGAAAAGCACACAAAAAAAGUCUUUUGUGCACCCCUCCCCCCCUCCUCAUCACAGCAAAAGGGGAGAAUGUCUCAGUCUAGAGGAGGCAAAAAGAAAAAACCCGGAUUGAAAAUUACACCGGAAGUGUUUGAACAGCCGCAAGCCAGCGUACCCACGCCGCCAAGAGAUCUAGACUCCAAAGCCUGUAUCCUGAUUGGAGAAAAGAACUUUGAGGUGAAGGCAGAUGACUUGGAACCUAUAGAAGAACUCGGACGAGGAGCCUAUGGCGUGGUGGAGAAAAUGCGCCAUGUCCCCAGUGGGCAGAUCAUGGCGGUAAAGCGUAUCCGGGCGACAGUCAACACUCAGGAACAGAAGAGACUCCUUAUGGAUCUGGAUAUCUCCAUGAGGACGGUGGACUGUCAUUUUACGGUCACAUUCUAUGGAGCAUUAUUUAGAGAGGGCGACGUCUGGAUCUGUAUGGAGCUCAUGGACACUUCGCUGGACAAAUUCUACAAGAAUGUAAUAGACAAAGGCUUGACGAUCCCAGAGGACAUCUUGGGCAAAAUAGCAGUUUCUAUUGUCAGAGCGUUAGAACAUCUGCAUAGUAAAUUGUCCGUGAUCCACCGAGAUGUGAAACCAUCCAAUGUGCUCAUUAACAAGCAGGGCCAGGUGAAGAUGUGUGAUUUUGGCAUCAGCGGUUACCUGGUGGACUCUGUAGCCAAAACGCUAGACGCCGGUUGCAAACCAUACAUGGCUCCUGAGAGAAUAAAUCCAGAUCUAAACCAGAAAGGAUACAGUGUGAAAUCUGAUAUCUGGAGCCUGGGAAUUACGAUGUUGGAGCUCGCUAUCCUAAAGUUCCCUUACGAUUCUUGGGGAACCCCCUUCCAGCAGCUGAAGCAGGUGGUCGAGGAGCCAUCUCCACAGCUUCCCGCAGAUAAGUUCUCGGCUGAUUUUGUUGACUUUACCUCAAAGUGCUUGAAAAAGAAUUCCAACGAGCGUCCUACUUACUCAGAGCUAAUGCAACAUGCCUUCUUCACUUUGCAUGAAACCAAGAACACUGACGUGGCGUCGUUUGUUAAACUCGUCCUGGGAGAUUAAGCGGACGCCACACGACCUCUCUCACACCCUCCACGCGGACUUCUCCCAACAGGACACACGAGGCGGCUUCGAUUGGCUGCUGUACUCCAGUGCCCGCAGCAAUGCAUCAUGGGACUGGGAAAACUGGACUCCACGUUGGCCUCCUCAACAAAGAAUGGCUUUCUAGUUAAUAUAAUACCCUAACCCCCUGUUCUGCCAUAGAAGCUGCUCUUGGCAGUGUCUGAAUUACCAAAAAGGGGCAGUUGCAACCCAUUUGCUGCCAGAGGGGGUUUAUAAUCAUUUUAGUUUUGUCUGUUUCCUUUUUUUUUUUUUUUUUUUUUUUUUUUUUUUUAUAGGUGCUACUGUAGUUUUUUUUUUUCCUGCACCCACUUUUUGUCAUAAAAAUAUUUAUGUUCAAUAUUUUAACUAGGUUCUGUUUUUAUGAGAGGACGUAUGUGUGACGUGGUAGGAGAAUGGUCGUAAAUAUUUAUAGGAUUUUGCUGGUGAAAGGGUGAAAACAUAUUAUAUUUUUUUUUUUCUUGUUCCCCCCCAUGUAAACUAU